AUGUCAAUCAUUUGGAUCAUCUCAUUAAUUAUCCUAGCUGGGGUAUCAUCAUCCCCUGUCGACUUCUUUCGCUCUGUCUGUGAUCCUACCAGCCCAUCACCGCCACAUCAUGUCCCCAGGUUUCCGAAGAACGCUUCCGACUAUAACCUCACCAUCCCAAAUGACCUCAGAGUCACACUAAGGUACUUGGCUGUUGGUGUUGGGACUCAGAACUACACUUGCUCUCUUAUCUCUGGAAAACCCACAUGGAAUUCCCUUGGCGCUAUGGCACAGCUCAGGGACAUUAGCAACACUCUGGAGGACCCCGCACUGGUUUCAAAUGCGGCUAUCAACCCUAAAGCCAAAAUAUCAUUGACGCCAUACAAACCGAUUGCGAUGCAUUAUUUUGUCCCACAUGAACCACUUGCCGCCCCGGGGUUUUUCUUCGAACCCAGUAAGAAGCCAUGCUCAGAUGUCACAAAGGAAGAGUUUGUGAUUGUUUCAAAGAUUGGAGCGAUGUCAUCGCCAAAUCACCCGGAACGCAAUGUACCUUGGCUCGCACUCAAGCAAAUCGAAGGUGAUGCAGCUCAAAUAGUUUUUAGGACUGACACUCAUCUUGGGGUUGCACCCUCUCCACAGACUUGUCUCGCUGAAGGGAAAGGAGCUAACAUGCGAUACUCAGCUUUGUAUUGGUUCUAUGACUGA